AUGGCAGACUUGGACGAGGAUGGAGUCGAAGUGGAUGUAACUCAGUUGCAGGCUUGGAGCGCCCUUUCACCCGCGCGCGGCCAGAUUUUAGAGGUUGCGCUGGGGCAAAGCAAUUUCCACGAGGCGCCGGCCGUUUGGGCCGCCUUUGUGAUUGUACGAGUGUCCACCCUUUUAGAUGGAUCACUAGUUCUGGAAUGCCGUUUCCUGGGGUCCGAAGAUACUUCAGUGGAUGGCCGUCUGGACACCGAUUUCAACACAGAAGGGAAUUCAAUUCACCUUUGCUUGUCGCGGCCUUGUUUAGAUAUUUCAGAAGGCGAGCCGGACCUCGGGGACUUUUUGCAUGCAACCAGAGUGCGUUUGUGGAGCGCGUCACGUUUUGUGGAGGUUUGCCCUUACCUUUCGGAUGCUCAGAAAAAGAAUGUGAACAAGUUUUUGAAGAGCUCUACAGAAAAACCAAAGGCUCCCAGGACUCCCCGUGCCAAAGCAGCUACCGCAAAAACUGCACCAAAAGAAAAGAAAGACAGAGGCAAGCCUGGAGAAACUGGGGGAAAAGCCGCCCCUCGCCGCAAGCCUGCCCUUCGCACUCCCAAAGAGACAGAACCUGGGGACCCAGAUAUCCGGGCAUCCAAAGAGGAGCUGCGGCAGAAGUUGAAGGCUUUGCGGGUCAGACUUCAGGGCGAUGGGAAGGAAGAAGAUCAGGAGUAUUCUCCGGGAACCUUGGUCGACGAGGAGCAGAAGGAUGGGCUAGAUGUAGAGAGCUCAGACUCUGUGCAGGCAGAUGGCCUGACGACAGGAGCCAACUUGGAUCCUCUUCCUCCAGAGCUGGCGAAAGCCGUUGCUCGGAAGGACAAACUCCGCCGCUCUCGACGUCAUACAGGCGGGGAAGAUGCGCUCGCCCUGGUGGAUACAAAAGACACCACUUCGAAAAGCUUGAGCGGCCAACUGGUCCAGAAAGCUCUGGAAGUGACUCGUCAGAGGAAAGCAAAGAGCUCGUCCAAGAAGAAGAAGAAGGUGUCAGGGAAGACGGAUAUGGAGCGGCUUUCCAAUGUCCUGGUCAAGGCAUUGCAGAAAGCCAGUGGGGUAACCCCCAAGGAGACCGAGGCCACCAAGAAGAAGAAGCGCAAACGCAGAAUGUUGAGGGAUGGAACGAUAGUGACCUCAAGCGCCAGCUCAGGAGCUUCCUCGGGGGCGGAGACAGAAGAGCCCUCAAGCGACGAGGACCUGGAAGCACCGCUCAGAAAGAAAUCCAGGGACCGCCCAGGAAGCGUUUUGCAGCUCCUGGUGGCCCACAUCAGGGACCAGUUGGACCAAAGCGCCCUGACAGAGACCGGCCAGGCUUCAGCCGUGGUGACUGGGGGUGUGAAGGUCAUGACCUACUUCAACAUCCAUGUCAAGGGCGCCUAUCCUCAACACCUUCGAGAGUUGAGGGAGAUGUUUCAUUUGGCCUCAUGCAUAGAUGCUAUUCGAUCUGGGGACGUAGCUCGCUGCGCAGACGGCUUAGCAGCGCGGUUCAUAGCUCUACAUCAGUCCUUAGUGGACGGAAAUUGGGGAACAGCUCGUCACUUGGAGCUGCAUGCUAUGGAAGACGUGACCGCUGCCAGCCCGUCCGCCAUUUUGGCGACGCGGCGACAUGCGAAACUGGUUUCAAAAAUGCAGGGCUACCCCUCCAGCUCCUGGGUUCCGGGAGCCGGCCGCGGCCGUGGAGGAAAGGGCAAGAACGAGUGGAGCUACGGCGACACCAGAGGCGAAGCAAAAGGAGAAUGCAAGACAAAGAACAAAGGAAAGAAGGGCAAAGGACGCUGGGACAAUCGCCCCAACUGGGACACUCCCCGCAGCAAAGACUGGGAGAAGAACAAAGAGAAGCCAGAGGAGAAGCCCAAACGCACCGGGUGUGUCCUGGCGUGGGGCUUGAUUCAUGUGAGCUGUUUCACCAACGAGCUCCAGAAUUCAGGCAUCUAUAGGCUAAUGUUUGCCUCCAGCGUGCGGCAACGGGCCGGUCGGAAACGACUGGCUCUUCCCUUGCGCGAAGGCGAGUUGGCCGGGACUGUGAACACCUUGAAGGCUGUUUCUUUGUGCGAAGCCGCUGAGGAUAGCUUUUGUACUCUUCAUGCCGAAGCUUGCUGGACAUACUUGGCUUGUUUUGCAUGUAACUCCUUAGUGGAUGUGCAGCGGCCUCUUGACUCAGGAGGCUGGAUAAAGGCUGAGGAGCGGGCAUGCGCAGCUGUCAGGCUGAUGACGAGACGUCUGCUCAGCCAUGGACGCCAAGAACCUGUGAGCUCAGAAGGCAUAGAAAAAGAUGUGAAGCUUGCACGAGUGAACUAUUUGGGUGAAGAAGUAGGGAGUUGCCACAAGUUGACACUGCGGCAGAUCGAGCCUGAAGUCAGUGAGCGUAUCUUGUUGCGCAGCAUGUUGCCUGCGGGAGAGCAAGUAGUUCGCAACCGCCCUCUGCCCUUAUGGAUGGUUGGUCUUUUAAAGGAAGCCCGAGAGCACCGUCGUAUAUGGUGGCAUGUCUAUUUGGAUAACUAUGCCGGAGGGCAGGUCUUGGGCGUUUCUGAAACUUCAGCUGCUGGUGAUCAACUCCACCAACUAGCAGAAAAAGCUUGGAGAGAAGCACAGGUUGUUUCUUCAGAAAAGAAAAGGAAGCGAGCAGUUGAAGAAGCUGAAGAAUUGGGAGCCCUAGUCAGCGGAGCCACAAACACCAUUGGGGCGUCUCCUGAGCGGAUCCUCAAAGUGAUACAAGCUACUUUGUGGAUUCUCUCUCAAAAGCAUUUAUCAAAGAAGCAUGUGCAGGUGGUGGCAGGACGGUGGGCCCACAUAUUGCAAUUUCGUCGGCCGGGUAUGGCCUUCUUGGAUUCUACAUGGCAAUUUAUUAGCAGCAAGACUUUCAGCAGCCGUCUGGUAGAACAGGUAAAGAGAGAGCUCUGGAGGGAGCUGAUUGAGAUCAAACUGGUGGGCGAGAAUGUUGCCUCUAUGGCAAAGAGCGAGUGCGCGCAGAGUCUGGCGAUGUCUUACCAACAUGUCUCCGGGCCAUCAUCCGGAGCCGACCACCACCGAGACCGGCAGGUCUGUCAAGGUGCGACGAAGACACUAAAGAGCGAUGGAAGACAUUUCUUGCCUCGGAUGAGCUAUGCUCAUUUGUGCGAUCGCAUGGGUCUGGCGCCUGGUUUUGCAGCUCCAUGGAGGAUUAAGAUCCCUUUGGCUAGAAAACUGCAGUAUGGCAAGGGUCGCAGUGGCAGCCGUUUUCUGAACAAGUUGCUCAAGGUAUUGAACGCAAACCUUUUAGCCCAUGGCAUCACACUGAUUCUGGGACAUGUAGAGUCCACACAGAAUCCAACCGACCAUGCGAGCCGGUACUAUGAUGCUAUGAGAAAACUUUUGCCUACACUGGAAAAGGUCAAAGGACCGCCUCAGCUGGAUGACGCAGUAAGUGACUGGGUUGAAAAACAAUGGAGAGAGGGUCAAACAAUUCAUGUUGUUUCAGACGCAUUGUGUGGCCUUCACCACUUUGAGCCCUAUACCAAGAAGUUGAUCCCAUCAGCAUGGAAAUUGUUUCGCACUUGGCGAAAAUUGGAGGCCCCCAAUAGGGCCCCUCCACUUACAAAAUACAUAAUAUAUUCGUUGGCUCACUAUGCGAUGAUGCAUAAUGAUUUAGUUUUUGGAACUUUGCUUUUAAUGGGAUUUUUCGGGUUACUCCGCACUGGAGAGUUGUUGCUGGUAAAGCCGUGCAACAUCCUUGUUGCAAAGGAACGGGUAAUCCUUUCACUGGAAAGCACGAAAUCUGGGAAGCGUAAUGCUGCUUCCGAGACCGUUUCUUUUGAUGAUCCCUUCGCAGUGAUUGCCAUUGAUCAGCUGUUACAGUUACGAGAACACCAACGCUUGCAGCAUGUCCCUUGUUGGCUUCACUCUGCACAGAACUUUAGGAAUAAGUUCAGCUUUUAUUUAAAGAAAUUUGAUCUCCAAGGCCACUGUUUCAGACCUUACAGCCUCCGAAGAGGAGGCGCGACUCACCUUUUUCAAACCACUGGCAGUAUGGAAUUGGCCUUGCUUAAAGGCAGGUGGGGAUCGGCCCAAGUGGCCAAAAUAUAUUUACAGGACGGCCUUAGCUUCCUGCCGAUGUUAACUUUUUCUCCACGUGCCAGGGAAAAACUGCAAGAGUGGAGGCCUUUUCAACACUACAGUGUCAAGUAA